CGAUUGGCUGAAGAGCUCUCAGCCUUCUCAUGAGCCAAUGAGAAGAGGCACGCGGAUGGCGUCAGACGCUAUGCGACUCCUCCCACCCACGCUCUGGCAACGCGUCUGGAGACCGCGGAGGCUUACGUCGGACCCGGAGGGCCUGAAUGCCCCAUGGGCGCCCCACAGCUCGCGCUCCUGCAAGUGUUCUUUCUGAUGUUCCCCGAUGGCGUCCGGCCUCAGCCCUCUUCCUCCCCAUCAGGGGCAGUGCCCACGUCUUUGGAGGUGCAGCGAGGGACGGAUGGCGGAACCCUCCAGUCCCCUUCAGAGGCAACUGCAACUCGCCCGGCCGUGCCUGGACUCUCUACAGUGGUCCCUACUCUCGUGACUCCCUCGGCCCCUGGGAAUAGGACUGUGGACCUCUUCCCAGUCUUACCGAUCUGUGUCUGUGACUUGACUCCUGGAGCCUGCGAUAUAAAUUGCUGCUGCGACAGGGACUGCUAUCUUCUCCAUCCGAGGACAGUUUUCUCCUUCUGCCUUCCAGGCAGCGUAAGGUCUUCAAGCUGGGUUUGUGUAGACAACUCUCUUAUCUUCCGGAGUAAUUCCCCAUUUCCUUCAAGAGUUUUCAUGGAUUCUAAUGGAAUCAGGCAGUUUUGUGUCCAUGUGAACAACUCAAACUUAAACUAUUUCCAGAAGCUUCAAAAGGUCAAUGCAACCAACUUCCAGGCCCUGGCUGCAGAGUUUGGAGGCGAAUCAUUCACUUCAACAUUCCAAACUCGAUCACCACCAUCUUUUUACAGGGCUGGGGACCCCAUUCUUACUUACUUCCCCAAGUGGUCUGUAAUAAGCUUGCUGAGACAACCUGCAGGAGUUGGAGCUGGGGGACUCUGUGCUGAAAGCAAUCCUGCAGGUUUCCUAGAGAGUAAAAGUACAACUUGCACUCGUUUUUUCAAGAACCUGGCUAGUAGCUGUACCGUGGAUUCAGCCCUCAAUGCUGCCUCUUACUAUAACUUCACAGUCUUAAAGGUUCCAAGAGGCAUGACUGAUCCACAGAAUAUGGAGUUCCAGGUUCCUGUAAUACUUACCUCACAGGCUAAUGCUCCUCUGUUGGCUGGAAACACUUGUCAGAAUGUAGUUUCUCAGGUCACCUAUGAGAUAGAGACCAAUGGGACUUUUGGAAUCCAGAAGGUUUCUGUCAGUUUGGGACAAACCAACCUGACUGUUGAGCCAGGCACUUCCUUACAGCAACACUUCAUCCUUCGCUUCAGGGCUUUUCAACAGAGCACAGCUGCUUCUCUCACCAGUCCUAGAAGUGGGAAUCCUGGCUAUAUAGUUGGGAAGCCACUCUUGGCUCUGACUGAUGAUAUAAGUUACUCAAUGACCCUCUUACAGAGCCAGGGUAAUGGAAUUUGCUCUGUUAAAAGACAUGAAGUACAGUUUGGAGUGAAUGCGAUAUCUGGAUGCAAGCUCAGGUUGAAGAAGGCAGACUGCAGCCACUUGCAGCAGGAGAUUUAUCAGACUCUUCAUGGAAGGCCCAGACCAGAGUAUGUUGCCAUCUUUGGUAAUGCUGACCCAGCCCAGAAAGGAGGGUGGACCAGGAUCCUCAACAGGCACUGCAGCAUUUCAGCUAUAAACUGUACUUCCUGCUGUCUCAUACCAGUUUCCCUGGAGAUCCAGGUAUUGUGGGCAUAUGUAGGUCUCCUGUCCAACCCGCAAGCUCAUGUAUCAGGAGUUCGAUUCCUAUACCAGUGCCAGUCCAUACAGCCUGGAGUACAGUGGCGUGAUCUCGGCUCACUGCAACCUUCGCCUCCCAGGUUCAAGUGAUUCUCCUGCCUCAGCCUUCCGAGUAGCUGGGACUACAGGCACCUGCAACCACGCCCAGCUAAUUUUUUGUAUUUUUAGUAAAGACAGAGUUUCACCAUGUUGGCCAGGCUAGUCUCGAACUCCUGACCUCAGGUGAUCCACCCGCCUCAACCUCCCAAAGUGCUGGGAUUACAGGUGUGAGCCACCACGCCCAGCCUCUUGUGAAAUUUUUUUCUCAGAAUAGCAAUAGCUUAUCCAAAGAAAGCUAGUGUACAUCUUCCAGAGCUUUUAAAAUAAAAAAGAGGAGGAGUUACACUUGCAGAAUGUAUAUCUUCUGGGAUGCUUCUCCCUACUCCACUGGACACCGUUUGAAAGUUUGUAGUUUAUAAUAUUCUUACCUAGGCUGUGUUGGUCAGCUUGGAAUAUCUAAGUGAUAGGAUAAAACUAAAGCUGAGUGGCAAACUGCCAGUCUAUGUACUGCAUUUAGUCUAUAGACUUGUUUUGUUUGGCCCACAAAGCAUUUUAUUAUUUAAGUUUAUGCCAACAUUUAAGAAUCAAGAAUUUGCCCAGACAUUCAGAUUUCUGACUUCAAUUGAAAAUCUGACAGUAUAAACCCUAUUAUAUUCCUGCAUGGCAUAAAAUCUUCAGUUGCUGAAUGGUGAUAUCCACUUUUAGAAAGAGUACUCUACCCUGUUCUGCAUUCAUACAACCUAAGCCAACCCACCCUUCACCAUCCCACUUCUCUUUCAGGUUAUCUGCUUAGGCUGGUAGGCAUUUGUGUUUAUAAACCUUGAACUCAAGCUGCUAGAUGGUCAGUUGCAUUGUGAACUGAACUAUCUGAAUGAUUUUUCAUUGUAAAUAUAUAGCUAUAGAAACACUUUAAAUUCCUCUUUCUAUAAAAAGUGAAGUAGCAAAAUUUUUGGACCAUUCCCAAGGACAAACAAUAAAAUAGAGGGAAAAUACAGCCAAAAAAAAAAA